AUUACAUUAUAAAGUCAGGAAGCGAGGAUAUGUGAAACGAACCUCGUAAUUCUUUCGAGAGCGUUUCGUUUCCUCUGGUAGGCCUUUUUUAUUCUAUUUGUACACAUAUCUAUGAAGCAUUUAACCGAGCAAAUCUCUCGAACGGGCGCCGAGUGAAUGGGUAUCCAGCCCAUCCGGGUUCGAGAUUGCCACGGGAUUGGCACGUGCAAGCACUUCUGAUGACCGAAGUAAGCGUAUACGAAAAUAUACAUGUGCGACGAUCCGAUUGCGUGGGCAUACGUGUAAUGUUAUGUACGUCUCGAAGGCCGGCCGUCAAGGUAGAACGCGCCGUAGCGCGAGGGGGCAACGACCGGGCAUCGUACUCCGGCGGGCCUGUACGAUCGUGCCGGCGAAUGUCGUGUGGUGACAGAGAAACGCGGAAUUACUUACGACGAGGUGUCCACCCGGCAGGUAUGCGUAUAUACCGGUUUUCUUCCCGCGCGAGAACGCGAGACCGAAUCACACGUCCCGAGAGCGGGCAAACCGGCCGCCGGCCGGCACAGGUCCCCGCCGGAGGCCAAGCCGCGAUCAGGUCGGGCCCCAGGGCGUCCGCCGCCGCACAUUUUUCAGUAGUCACCUCAUCGGGAUCGAUCGCGGUCACAUCACGACGACGAUCAUGUUCGCCCUACGUGGUCUCCUCGUUAUCGCGUUGGCCUGUUCCUUUGCGACGGCGAUGCCCCCAGCCCGGGCGGUCUACGAUCAGAGACAGUCUGGCGACCUGAACGUGCAAAUCGAGCUGAAGGAUCUGCAAGUCCUCGCAAUGCUCAACUCCGACUUCCUGAACGAUUACACGGACUAUGAUUACUUCUACGAUUACUCCGAUUUUACUAUCAAGCCAGGCAACAAGCCCACUACGAGUUCCGCGACGGGAACCACGGAAAAGAUCGCACAAAUCUCCGAACCGCUUACAUCGAUCAUGUCCGCCAAUAACGUAAGCCUUGCCGCAAAUGAUACGACGCUAUCCAAAGACGAAGAAACCCCAAAUGUUAAUCCGUCGAGUGAUAGUACCAGCUCGACACCGAAUGCAGAUAACGAUAAUGAUAAAAAUCAACCGAAUGUGGAGAAGAAUGAAUCCUCUCCUGAAACAACUCCUUUUAUCGCCCCUUCGAGUACGGUGAAAUCCAUAUACGCCCUGCGAUCGCAAAAGCGUUGCAGAUCUGGAUAUAUUCCAAACGGUGACGGACGUUGCCGACGUGCGAGUCGACCAUGGUUGUCGUUGUUGCCGUGAGUACAAUUGCGAUGACCGGGUGGAGUCUUCCGGAAGAUCGAUCGGAUCCGGGAUGCGCAAGAAGCGCAUGGGAGUAAAUUUGAAAAUAAAUAUCCUUCGGAGAGAUGUGCCAUGUA